AGACGCUGGGCCUCUGAUCUCUCUUUCUUCUUCUUCUUCUUCAUUUCUCCGGCGAGGGCUAGCGAGUGCGAGUGCGAGUGAGAGAGAGAGGGGGGGGGGGGAGGGGGAGAGUGAGCGAUGCAAACGCGGAGCGGGUUGCGAUACCCGAAGCCCCACUCGGUGGUGAAUGGUUGGGAGGGAAGGAAGAAGGAGAGGGAGAGAAAGCGGCGGAGAGGCCAAUCGAGGGAAGAUUUCUCCGGGAAGCGGCGGCGCUGCUCGUCGCCCGCGGCGGAGGGAAGUGGUGAUCAGAAACCGGACUUAUUUGAUGGCUUGCCGGACGAUAUCGUUGUCUGUAUCCUUUGCAAGCUCGGCUCUUCCGCUGCUUGCCCUUUCAACCUAAUCAGCAUCCUCUUAACGUGUAAGAGAUUGAACGGACUAGGGCUGCAUCCCCUGGUUCUUUCGAAGGCGUCGGCGAAAUCGCUCGCCGUCCGGGCGAAGAACUGGUCAGAAUCCGCCCACGGCUUCUUGAAGAAGUGCGCCGAUGCCGGAAAUCUGGAAGCUUGCUAUAUCCUCGGCAUGAUCCGAUUCUACUGCCUCCAGAACAGGGGGAGCGGGGCGGCGUUGAUGGCGCGCGCGGCGAUAGGAUCGCACGCCGCGGCGCUCUACUCGCUGGCGGUGAUCCAGUUUAACGGCAGCGGGGGGUCGAAGAACGACAAGGACCUCCGGGCCGGCGUCGCUCUAUGCACUCGCGCUGCCUUCCUCGGCCACGUAGAUGCCCUCCGUGAGCUGGGCCACUGCCUCCAGGACGGCUACGGCGUUCGCCGGAACGUCGCCGAGGGCCGCCGCUUCCUCGUCCAGGCCAACGCCCGGGAGCUCGCCGUGGUCCUCUCCUCCGCCCGCUGGCCUCCGGCAGAGGCGGCGGUGCCGACGGGGUGCUGCCCGCUGCUGAGCGACUUCGGGUGGAGCGUGCCGGCGCCGGAGCCGCACCCGGCGAACCGGUUUCUGGUGGAGUGGUUUGGGGCGCAGGGAGGCGGGGCGGGGGAGGGGCUGAGGCUGUGCUCGCACGGAGAGUGCGGGCGGCCGGAGACGCGGCGGCACGAGUUCCGGCGGUGCUCCGUGUGCGGGACGGUGAACUACUGCUCCCGGGCGUGCCAGGCGCUCGACUGGAAGCUCGCUCACAAGGCCAUGUGCGCUCCCAUGGACCGCUGGCUCCUCGACGGCGGCGCCGCAGCGGCCGAGGUCGCGGCCGCCGGAGAGUACGGCGCCGCCGUUCCGGCGGCCGCCGUUGGUGGUGACGGCGGCGGUAUGGAAUGAGAGAGGUUAGGAUUCUAGAGGGGUCUUUUGUUAUUUUCCUCUCUCUGGGUUGUACAGUAGGAUAAAAAAGAAAACGAGGACGGCUGCUGUCCUCUAUAUUUAUUUCUCUCUUUUCUAAUUUACUUUUUAGAGUCUCAUUUUAGAUGACGGCAUGUAGCCUCUUUUUUUUUCUUUUUCUUUUUUUUCUUUUUUUUGCUGAAACGGCAUGUAGCCUCUUUUGAGGCAAAAGUUAUUCGGCUGUUCUUAAUUUUGAUCUAAUUUAUGGGGAAAAAAGUUGGCUCUUUUUUUUGUCA